GGUAAUGGAGGACAAGCUAGUAAUGAAGGCACAAUAAAGAAGAAAACUCGUGGAAAGACUAUGUGCAAAAAGCUUCAUGCCACUGAUUUUAAUGAUCGACGGGAGGUGGAAUUUUUUGGAGGGCAGCCUAUAGGUCCAACCAAGGAGGUUGUAUCUAACCUCAACCAACUCUUGGGCACAACAGUUAGAAAUCCUCGUUUUGUGACUUUGCUAUAUACUAGUUGGCAUGGUGUGCCUAAAAACCUCAAAGAGGACAUGUGGGAGUAUGCCAAUCAAAAAUUCAUUCUUCCAAAAACUUCAAAGCCGUGGGUAAUGAAUGGAUUUUGUCGUGCAUGGAAAAAAUACAAAGGCGAAAUAAAAAGGGAACAUUUCUUGAAGUACAACACAAAGAAAGAAAUGAUAAAGAACUGACCGUUAGAGAUCCCGGAGGUUCAGUUUCGCAAACUAAUUCGGUAUUGGAGUCUUCCGACUGUUAAGGCUGUGUCUACUAAAAAUGCUGAAAAUAGGUCAAAGCAAACAUGUCCUCAUCGGAUGGGUUCCACAAAUUUUGGAAUAGUGCGCAAGCAGCUGCGCGACUCUAAAGAGAACAGUGAAGAACCAUCAAGAGUUGAAGUUUUCAUAGCAACUCGCACAAGUAAAAAAGGAAAAGAAAUUGAUGCUAAAACGCAAAGCACAAUUGCUGAACUUCAAACCCGCAUAGAGGCGGGGGAAAAUGAUGAGGAUGCAUUUGUAGGAGUGUUAGGAAAGGACCAACCAGGUCGAGUUCGUUGUUUUGGGGCUUCGAUUACAAAAAGCUCUCUUAAAAAGGAUGAGGAGAUUCGACAAGUCAAGGUUGAAUACAACAGCAAGGUUGAAUCAUUAGAGAAGAAGAUGGACGGUGUAUGUAGUUUAUUAAAGGUAUUGGUGCACCAAGUCAACCCUGGAAUGAGUGAGGAAGAGGUAGCAGCCUUAGUGCAAGCUGCCCAAAAUUCUCCUUUGGAUGCCUCAAGCAGCAGACCGAAAAAUACUCCUCGCUCCUCCGAAUCAACUCAUAUUCCACCUAAAGAUAUAAGUCACUAUCUUUGGAUAUUCGAUAUAUUUCCAUUCAAAGUAGUUGACUUAUUGUUGUUGUUGAUUUUGGACAUUUGA